UUUGUUGCACUCAAGUCUUAAGGGACAUAGAAGUUAAACAUACUCCUCUAUAUCUAAGCUCUUUGUAGCAAGUAGAUUAGUGCUAAGAAACAAGGUAAAUAUUGUGGGGUUGAGUCUGUUUAGCUUCUAGUACCACAAGCUUGGGAUGAUGACAAGCCCUGUGAGUCUAUGAUUUAGGUUUGCAAAUAUUUUUAAAUGGGUACCUUCUAAGAAGAGAAAAAGGAUAAGAGAGAAGGAACUGCAGCAGAUCUACAAGUCCAUUUUCUGUUCAUUCCUGAACACACCCUGACCUGAAAGACUUAUGGAAGAGGAAGAAUUGUUCUACCGCUUGCUAUUUUCCAAACAGCUUACCAGAUUCCUCAGAACCCCAUGCUUUAGGACUGGUUGGAACUGUGCAGAACACAACCAUUUCAGAGGUGGCUGCACAUUAUAAUUUUAAAUUGUUAAUGGUUAAGGCCUUGCUUUGACAAACUGUAGUUAAGUCCUCGUAUUGGCUUUGGCAUGUAUAUGCCACAGUGGGUAGUACUUGGAGACACAAACUGACCAAAAGUUUCCAGCAUUCUUGCUCUGCCACUUGUUUUAGUUGUUAAUAAAAAAUUAGUCUGAAGGGUGAUUCAGUUCCAGAAGUUCAAAAUACAUUUGGUUUUGAAUAAAACUUACUUUAUUUUUCCUGUAGAAAUACAAGUUAUUGAUGAGGUAUUUGUUUGGGAAUUCAUUUCAGCUUAUGGGGGGUGAGGGGGUGCACGGGUGGUAGAUUAGGCAUAGAUUUGCAUUUUGACUGUCUGCAGAGGGCUGUCUUCAAAGUGUGAGAUGACUGGUAAGAGGCUCUCAUCUCUUAAAUGUUUUAGCAGAAGAGCAUAGAAUUUGAAGGCAAUCUAGCAGUGUUCUUCCUGGUGGGGAACAUCCAGGAGAACACUGAAAGGAAGGAACCUUGGUGGAAUCUGCCCUCUUCCUUUCACUUCUUCAUUAGAAGAUGAGAGGGAAAAUCUCCAAAGUAAACUGCAAGCCAUUCAAGAUGGGAGCUGUGUCUUACGCUGGAUUUUUAUAUCACAUUACACAGCUGGGCUUCACCUACUUAAAAAAUUCUGCAAAUUGCUGCUAUACUUUCCUGUUGACCUGUAUAUGAAUAAGCUUUACUUUCUAGUUUCUUCUGGAAAGACAAGUUCCACAUCUCAGUUAAGGAAAUGUGACAGAGCAGUGAUGUUGGUGUUGCACAGUCAGAUCUCUGGCUUUAAUACCAGUGUGGUGCCUGUCUGACUGAAGCAGGUGCUCUUAAACCUACCAGAGAAGAAAAAUGCCUGAGUAAUUAAUGAGACUGACAGGAUCACUGGAACCUGACUGUGAGGCUUUUAACAGCUGACACUUGCACGCUUCUUGCAUCUUUAAUUCUAAAGCAUGUCAUAGGCAUCCUGUAUGCAUGAAUUUCUUUAUUGAAAUAUUAAGGUUGAUCUUAAAAUGAGCUGUGAAGUCUUUUUUUCAUUUGAAAUGAAAGCUAUCAUAAGUUUUAUAAAGUUCUUAUAAGCUAAAUCAUAAUAGCCAGGAAAUAACAUCAGAAGAGUCGAAAGGCCAAACUACCAGUAACAUUGCUGUGUAAAUCAAUAAUGUGCAUCUUAGCAAAUAUAUUUUGCUCCAUAUUUCAGUGUACAGUGUUCAAAUCCUUUUAUUUCCAGUACUUAAUUGUACUUUUGAUUAAAUUAGUGGCAAUUUCUUCACGCCAUUGAGGCUGUUUCUUUGUAAUUUCAUAUUCUUGUCUAGAUUUAUAUUCAUUAGGAUAGAGGAAUAAAUUCAACUCUGCAUCUUUCAAUAUAAUACACUUCUGUUACAUAUUACUAUCUUUCUGCAAUAUGACUGUCUUGGAUGUAGUAUUAAGAAUGAUUCAGAAAAGGAUGUUAAAAGGAGGGGUUAACAUAGUUUAGGAGGAUUCUAAGAGCAUGUUUUAAGACAUUGUCCUCUUGAGGGCAUAAAUUAUGGCCUAAUAUGAAUCAGUGCCUUUAAAGAAAAGUGACUUCACUUGGUCACAGCAUGGCACCAAGAAUCCUGGAUUCCCUUAGCUUUGCCAGGAUUUCCUCAUGACUCUGUCUGGCUAAACUGGCCAGUACAGGGGUUUGAGGGUUUUGACGUGUUUUCCAUGUAGCUUGUACUUACAGGAAAAUGAGCUGGAUAGGAAUGAGGCUGGUUUAUACUUGUACUGGAAAUUGAUCCAAGAUGCUUUGGGGAGUAGUCUGCAGAGGAGAUACUGCUACCCAAAAUGGUGGGUAGAUGUACUGCCAAAGUAAAGCUGUCUAAAAUGGGAUCUUCCCUCCCUCUCAUUUCUUGGGGAGCACUGACCGGACAGGUACCUGUAAUCACAGUAGGAAUGGCAGCACAGGAGUGGGAAAAGAAGCAAGAAUUUAUUCAGUGCAGGACCAGUAUGGACUGCCAAUUGCAGGCUCUUUUUGCUUCAGAUUGGGUGGUGCCCAUCACUGGAACAGCCAUGAAAGUCUUGCUCUUCCUUAAGUUGCCCCAGUUUGGCUACUGAGGACAAGCCCUUGGCUUUUAAUGACAGCGACAGAUUGCAAGUUCUCAGUUACUGCAAGAGUGCAAGAGCACUUUAACAGCUGCCUCUUUCUGGUAAAUACUGAUAGCAUUGGCAUAGUUCUGUACCCUUGCUGCAACCAGCCUUGGUGCUUGUUAUUCGCUCUUUUGUUGGGGCAUUUACAGCCUGAACAAGACAUUGAGGUUCUGCUGUUUGAAGUAUUGUGUGUGCUCUAAAAAUAAUCCUUCAAAAGAAGCUGAAUUCUGGGGGUGAUUUUUAUGGACAGAAUAGAACUGUUUACUCUGUAAGUUAGUUUUGCUGUGCCCUGCCCUGCAUCUCAUUUCCUUUUUCCUUCUAUUCAACUCCUCUCACCCUCUUCUCCCCCAAAGCUCCGAUCUGUGCAGCUGAUUCCACUCCAGUUUUGAGUCUGUUUCUCCUCUUUCCAAACCAUUCUCAUGCUUUAAUUGCUUAACCACAUUGUUUGAAUGUAUACCAUAUGUUUUUAAUAAAAGACAAUUUCUAAUUAUGCAGUGCCUAGUGCAGUGAUACACAAGUUCUUUCCCAUCAGGAUGACAGUUUUAGGAUGGCUUUUGAAAAAGGCUUUGCUUCUUGCUUUUUUGGUCAGCUCCACAGCUGAAAAUUUGUCAAAUCUGGCUGUAAGGUUGGAAGAGUUGAAGGCAAAGGUAAAAAGCAUAAUUCUCUGAAGAAAGCUCAAAUUGUUUGUUUUCAUUGCACCAAGCAAUGAAAAUCCUGAAAGAUAAGUUAAGACCAUGUUUUCUGUGACUGCACAAACAUUUCCUGAGCUGUUGGAAGUUCUCAAAGGUUUGAGCCUGUUUUACCUUCCAUGAAGCACAUCAUACUGCUUAAAGGACUGUCUUUAUGUGCACAGGAAAGUAGGUCAAGUUUCCUUAUUCCUGCAACUGAAGAUAAUGUAAGUGAAGAUAAUCUGUCUACCUUGUGAUUUUUCAUCUGUCAUUUUUCAUGUUUGUAUGGUCUUACUGGAAGACAAUUUUCACAUCUCCUGCAUCCCCCUCUAAAGAGUUCUGUUUGUCAAAAGCUGAUAAAGAACAAUAUGAAAAAGAAGAGAGACCAGAAUACCAGCAGGAGAUUUUGAGAAGAGCUGCUAAAGAUCUGCCUAUCUAUACGACAACAGCAUCGAGAGCAAUCAGAUACUGUGAUCGAUGCCAGCUAAUCAAACCUGACCGCUGCCACCACUGUUCCGCAUGUGACAUAUGUGUACUAAAAAUGGAUCACCACUGUCCAUGGGUGAAUAAUUGUGUGGGAUUUUCUAACUACAAAUUCUUCCUCCUGUUUUUAAUGUAUUCCUUACUGUACUGUCUGUUUGUUGCUGCUACAGUCUUGCAGUACUUCAUAAAGUUUUGGACAAAUGAAUUUCCAUAUACCCGUGCAAAAUUCCACGUCCUGUUCCUUUUGUUUGUGGCAGCCAUGUUCUUCAUCAGCAUACUGUCACUCUUCAGCUACCACUGCUGGCUAGUUGGCAAAAACAGAUCAACCAUAGAAACAUUCCGUGCACCUACAUUUCGAAAUGGUCCUGAUAAAAAUGGCUUUUCUCUUGGAUGCAGCAAAAAUCUGAGGGAGGUUUUCGGAGAUGAAAAGAAGUAUUGGCUAAUUCCUAUUUUUACCAGUUUGGGCGACGGGUGUAAUUUUCCAACUCGUUUGGUGAUUAUGGAUCCAGAGCAACUUGCUGUCUCAAGCCAAAAUGAACCUGCCAAAAGCUCUGGACCAAAUCAGUCCUUUCCUACUCGACCACUCAGUGAAUCACAAAAUCAGUUGCUAACCAGUGACAGUCAGUGGGUGGAAAGUGGCCCUGAAGAGGAAAAUGUUAAAUCAGGUGCAAAAAAGCAUAUUAUAGUUUCAUUGGAAAGCUGAUCUCAGUUUAUUACUAACCAACCGUCUCAGUGAGAAACAGGUUUCUGCAACGCGUCUUGUGCUUGAAUAUUACUUAAUUUUGUUUGGAAGAAGUUGAUCAGUAAAAUAUGGAACACAAGCAUUUUAGGAGGAGACAAGAAAUUCAAGUUUCUGCACAGUACAAUGGAUUCUUGUAAGCACUAUUGCAGAGCAGGGAAGUUAAGACAGAUGCCUUAAGAUUCUUUAUGUGCAUUUAUGCAACACUGAAUUAUAUACUGCUACCAAAGGGCCAAAUCCUGAAGUGCCCUGCUUGGAUGCACGAGGUCCAGAGUGGGAACUAUGCAUUUCUGUUAUGCUGCAGUGGUGGGGGUUGAUUGCAGAGACUCCUACCUCCCCAUGGGCAAACUCCUUACCUUAGGCACUGCAGAAGUCACAUCCAUAGCAGGUCUCCCGGGGACAGAAAGAAAGAAAAACGAAAGAAAAGAAAAAAAACCAACAUACAGCAUGGACGGUGAGUCUGAAGUGUGACUAUAUGUAGUUCAAACACCAGGUAAUGGGGAAGGGACUGGAUGAAGUCUUCUCCCUUCUUCCUGUUAACCAGUCUACCCCAUGAUCGUAGCUCUGCAAGUCUUUCAGGACUGAGGAUUCCUUCUGCUGGCUGUGCUUUGGAGCAAGGCAAUGCCAACAAUGUAAAAGCCUUUUACUUGGGUGUUGCUUUCUUGCUAUAGAAUUGACACCUCUCCCCAUUUUAACUUUAUUUAUUUAACCAUAUCAAGAACGGAGCUGAAAGAAGCAAACUUGGCUUUUUGUUGAAAAAAACAUGAUUAUUUUCCAACACUUGUCUAUCAGCAUACAAAGAAAAGCCAAUCCAAAAAGGAAUUAACAGUUCUUACAUUUUCUGAUAAUGUUUGCAGCAUUCUGUAUAAGGCAGUAACAAAAUGGUAAAGUACCCCUGAGGAAAACUUUAUUGCAGUUGUGUGUUGUUAGAAAAUGGAACUGGAAGAGUACUGCUUUUUCUGUGGGACUCUUGAUGGUUUAUAAAUACUGUGUUAUACAUUUGUUUUAUCUUUUUUAAUAAAGGCACGAGUUUUUAUUGGUUCUGAAGUACCAUUUAAACAAAUAUCAAGUACUUAUGAGAAAAUUAGUGUUGGGUCAUACAUCUGUGUUAACACACUGAAAACCUGUACGCUUUAGUCUGCCACUUUCAAGUCCACUUUGUGAUGCUGAAAUUGCUAAAGAUUGAGUGCUUCAUGCAGUGGUAUUCCUGUUCCCAAAAGGCAAGAUGUGUUUCCUGUGUGAGGAAUAAAGUUCAUCCUAAGCUCAAGACCGACAGCAAACAGCAUGGGUGGUUUUCCCCUUGCUCCUCUAUAGAAGACUGCUAUCUCAUCUUUGGGUGGUGUUGGAAUUUUGCACCUGGAAAAAAUGACAAGUACUUCCCUGUCUGUAACUUUUCUGAUGUUCAGCUGAUGCUGAUAAUAAACGGAUGUGAGCCCUUUUGAUAUGAACUGAAGGUAGUACCAAGCAGUAUGUUUAUGAUGGAGAUACUAAGGUGUCAAGUACUGUAAGGUUUAAAACACGUUGGGGGUUUUUUCUUUGGAAAUAAUAAAUUUUUCUUAGAUAUUAAUCUUCUAGAACAAGAAUACUUUGAGAACUGAUGAACGCAAUUGGGUGACUAUUGGAUGUUCUUGAGAAAGAAGUAAUGGUCCAAACUCGCAUGUUUUAUAAAAGUUGCAGAAUGUUUCUUCCAACUUUGUACAAGGAAUUUUGCAUUUGCUAACUUUAAAACUUACUUACAAAAACCAUUUGCCAUACAUUAAUCUGGAAGGUUUAGCUUUUUCUUGUCAAGUGAGAAGUGCUCAUCUGAACAUAAGCUUGCAGUAGUAAUGCAGCAGCAAAAUUUCUUGAAGGAGAUGAUAGAGACAGAAGGCUGCAAGUUUAAGUGGCUUGUUCUGAAUACCAAAAUUUGCAGCCCCAAACACAGGUGGAAGUGUAAUGGAGGGCCGAGGGUAUCAUGUGGCUUUUACUACAUCAGUGUCUUACAGCUGAGAUAAUACAUACUACAUGCUGUCACAGUCUAACCCCAGGCAGCAACUGAGUACCACACAGCCACCUGUUUGCUUCCUCUGGCCCUGGUGGGAUUGGGAGAAUCAGAAAAAGGUAAAACCCCUGGAUUGAGAUAAGAACAGUUUAAUAACUGGAAUAAAGUAAAACAUAAUAAUAAUUGUAAUAAAAAGGAGCAGGAGAGCGAGAGGAAUAAAGCCCAAGAACCGCAAGUGCUGCACAAUAUAAUUGCUCACCCCCUGCUGCCCGAGUUGGGGAGGACAAACAGCUGUUUGGCUGUUCAGCUCAAGCAGGCUUUGGUACUGCUGCCAGCAGUGGCUGGGGGCUGUCAGGGUGCUCCAGAAAAUGGGCCCUUUGCCCCAUCCGCUGAGAACUUGCAGUGAAUGCAGCAAGAGCAGAAGGAAGAUGGAUCCUGAGAAACCAACUGUUCAGGGUGCUGGGUCAUGUUGUACACGCUGGGUUUGUGCUUUAACCUACUCUGUAUCAGCAUUCUUGAAAAUACCUAGCUUGUCACUAAAAGUAACAGCCCUUCAGCUUUUAGAUCCAUCAAAUUACUAUUGCAAGCCAUAUUCUGUAGUAGUUACUACAGAAUAGUUGACAUUGGCUGCAAUUACAAACCAUGCUUUAGUAAUUCUUAUUGCUUUUCUCCUUAAAAAAAAUCCACAUACCCACACGAGUCAUACACACAGAAUGUUAUUGAACUCUCAGUGUGGAAAAAAGAAAGAAGCCUGAGGCAGGGCAAGAUUUCAGUGUGAAUUGUCCUCUGGGUUCCUGAAAUGUCUUGCGAUGAUAAAGCUGUCCCUGUGAAGAUGAGGCAGCAGAUCCAUUAAUAGAAAAUACUUAAAACUGUUUUUUUCCUUAGGAUUAUUUAUUCAGAGCGCACACCACACACAUCAUUGCUGCUCCUACCAAAGGCACUUGAUGGGGACAGGGUGCAGUCUUCUGUCAUAACAUGCUUCCUGCAGCAUCACCCAAGACUGCAGUGUCACUGGUUAUACACAUCACAAGCCUUUGAUUAAAAACUUCCACUUUAAAAAUUCAGAAGGUUAUUUUAGAGGGAGUUUGGGAACUUCUAUUUUUAGUGAUUUGAGUAGAAAUUACAGUAACUUUGUUAAAGCUGGUCUCUUGAGUGUGGAAUUUGCAGGUACCAAGCUGCUUUUGGUAUACUGUUCUUAGAAACCAGCCCUGUUCUCCAGGGUGCUAAAUGCCUGCACUUUUCAGGUACUGUUCCUUCCGUCAUUUGACCUCUUGUGGCUCUUCUGUUACUGUAACUAAUCUUAUGGGGUUGGAGGUUUUGGUUACAUUCAGUAUCAUUCAAUAUGCACUCAGUGUUGUUCUUGACUGAUCUGAAGUAUGGUCCGUUUGUAGCUUACCAGAGCCCCAAGAGGAGGAAAACUGCAGCAUUUACAGCAGCAUUAGUGUCUGGCAAAUUUACCAAGUCACAGAUUCUGACAUUGAUUAACCAGACCCACCUGGAUCUGAAGUACUGACUGACCAUAUUUA